GAUUGAAAACAGUUAUCCUAGGAGCAUCUGGAGCUGUUGGAAGAAUACAUAGAUAAUGAAUUAUUUAACUGAACUCACAAAAUCUGAAAAAUGGCUGAAGUAGCUAUCAUAGUUAGAAGGAAAUUAGAAUAAUGGGAUACACUCUCUAGUAAUUGUUUGAUUUAUAUUAUGGAAGAUAAACAUAAAUAAGAAUUGAAAACUUAGAUAUUGUUGAGAAGACUGAAGAAUGGAAAAUGUUCUCAAAUUAUAAUACAUUAUACUAUUUUCUUGGAUCUAGAGUUAAAGAAGGGAAUGUACAAUUUACUAAAGUAGAUCUCAAUAAUCCAAUAUUUGGUUGUAACUUAGCUAAAGCAAAUGGUAUUCAUUUUGCUCACACAUUUAGUAAUAUCUCAUUAUUCACUAUUAACAUCAAUUGGGGCUGAUAAAGGAUCAUAUUUCUAUACUCUAGAGUAAAACGAGUAGUUGAGGAGGCUUUAACAAAACAAUAAUUUCCAUAUUUGACUAUUCACAGAGUAGAAGCUAUUUUAUUUUGAGUAAACGAUGAAAUAUUUGGAGAUUCAAUUCUUAAAUAAUACCAUUUAUUGAUAAAACUGAAUGUAAGGUUUAUCAAAUGUUUUGAG